AUUUUCGUUAUUGGUCAUUACAUCUUUUCCAAAUUUGUCAAAAUUAAAUAUGGCAUUUCGCUGUCAGUAUCAACUAUUCAAAUUUCAACUAACCUCGCACUGCAAAAUUAAAUAAAUAUUUGAAACGAGGACAAGAUGAACCAAUCGGUAGAAUAUUUGAAGAACUCCAACCAGCAGUGGCUGACCCUUGAUUCUGACGAUGAAUCCUUGUCGAAGGACUUGUGUGAACCUUUAGAGAUAGCCUACAGGGAACAACCACUAAACAAAUCCAAAAACUUUGUGGAAGAGAAUGUUAAGAACCAUAUGACAAUCAAGGAAACAACUUCUCAGGAGACAUUGAUCCAGAUUACAGUAGAAACUCGUCAUUCCGAUACAGGAAAUAUCCUGCAGAAUAGUGAUCAAGGGGAUAGAAACACAUUUUGGAUAUCAGUAAGCGGAUAUGAGUAUGACAAGGCCUUUAUAGUUUACAGAUUCUUCUGCGAUAUUGGCCACAUUGCGGGCAAAUGCUUUACCGAGACGAACUUGAUGUAUUUAAAGUACUUCAGCAUACUGGACUGUCAAAUAGCUCUGAGUUAUAAUAACCAAAAAAUAGGUUAUGGCGGCGACAUCAGUGUGAAGGUAAAGCCUGAAAAUCCUGUGACCGGAAGUGUCUUUAUCGAAGCCCUGGAACAAGGCUCAGGACCAAAUACCUCAAGUGCAAUUGUGACUGUCGAAGAGAAUAGGGAUCAGAAUGUAACAAUAUCAAAUUCACAUCAACUGAAAAUUGGAGAAGCUAAAGAAUUUAAAAUUAUACGAAAGAAAGUCAGCGUUAUGCAAUGGUUCAGAGAGAAGCUGUCCUACAUGUUCUAUUUUUAUUAGAUUUUCCUCAAUGGGUCUUCAUUUUUAUACAGUUGGCAAAUAAAAUAAUUUAAUAAUUAUAAACUGAA